AAAACACAGACAUCACUACAUGGUACAGAUAACUUGUGUUAUUGACUUGACAUUUUGUUCAUUGAAGUGAAGCGGCUGUUUGUUACUACUGGAAGUAGAGUCUAAAUCAAGGACAAAACAACUGAACACUUUGUUUUAUUCUUCAGUCAAAAAUGCGCCCUAGAGUUCAGGUCAAAUAUGUUACAGAACACAUGAACUAUUUAGAAGAAAAGAUACACGUCAUUAAACCUGUGGUUGAAGCUUUGCAAGCUGCUGUAGAAAAAAGUAAGACUUGGUUAAAAGAUAAAAGUGACAACAAAUCUUUGACAUACUGUGAUCUAUGUCAAGAACUUGAAUCAGCGACCACAGCCAUGUUGGAUGUAGCGGCUCAUAUUUUAGAGGAAAAUAAAGACAUUGUUGAAGAUGGAAGGUCAUUUUCAUCUCAGUCUACCUCAAAAACAAUAGCAACAGAAAAAUGUGGCACUAGUCAGUCAACAGAUCAAAUUCUUAACGAACGUUAUAAACCAUCAGAAAUAUUGAGUCGACUUGAGCAGAUAGAGACAGCCAUAUCUUCUCUACAAGACGUCAGUCGACUUGAGCAGAUAGAGACAGCCAUAUCUUCUCUACAAGACGUCAGUCGACUUGAGCAGAUAGAGACAGCCAUAUCUUCUCUACAAGACGUCAGUCGACUUGAGCAGAUAGAGACAGCCAUAUUUUCUCUACAAGACGUCAGUCGACUUGAGCAGAUAGAGACAGCCAUAUCUUCUCUACAAGACGUCAGUCGACUUGAGCAGAUAGAGACAGCCAUAUCUUCUCUACAAGACGUCAGUCGACUUGAGCAGAUAGAGACAGCCAUAUCUUCUCUACAAGACGCCAAUGACAAGUCUACAGAUGACAUAUCAGAAAUAAAACAAUGGAGAGACAACUUUGUAACAGAACAGAGUGACAUGGGGGUGAUCAUUGAACAACUGACUAAAAAACAAAAGCAGAAUUUUAAAAACUUUAGAAAACAAAUGAAUGAACAAGAUAACAUAGUAAAGGCUCUGAACAAAGAAAAUGAAAGUUUAAAAGAAAAAGAAACCAGUUCAAACAAAACACUAGAGAAACUGUCACUAGGUAUGAAAGAAUAUGAAAACAACUUACUCGAAAUAACUAAAAAGAUGCAAAAUCACACAGAUAAAACAGAAAGUAUAACACAAGAAAUAAAAAGCUAUUCUGAUUUAAUUGUUUCUUUACAAGAGGAUUAUAAUAAAACCAGGGCAAAUGUAUCUACCAAAUUUGAGAAGUUACAAUUCAAGCACAACCUGAUGUACCAACUUCUACAGCAAAAAUUGAUGCCCAUUGACAGAUUGUUUCAAAUAUUUAACCAGAACUUAGAAACUAGAGAAGAAAGAUCAAAGAAGCUGGAAACUAUGGAAAAUGUUAUGUCAAAGUUGACGAUGGAUUUCAAUGUAAUCGAGUCGCGAGUGUGUAACAGAUAUGCUUGCAUUGCACAGCUUGCAAAUCCCACACCUGUCAGUGAUAAAUCAAUUAUUUCAACAUUUAGUGAAGUACGUGAAUAUAACCGUCAACAUUUUAAUCAAACAACAGGAAAAUUUGUAUCACCACAUGAUGGUUUAUAUCUUGUCUGGGUCACUCUACAUGAAUGUGGCCAUAAACUGAUUGGAGUUACUGUGAUGGCUGGCGGCAGGUUGUGUGCAGUUAUAGAUGUUAAAUCUAAUAGAACUAGCGCUGCUGGGUCAGUGGUUGUCGAAAUGAAGAAAGGGGAAGAACUUUUCUUUAAAGUGUAUGCAGCAGAGCAAGGCGCAAUGUUAUCCAGCUUCAGUAGUUUUACUAUCGUUAGUUUAUAGAUGAACAUCAUCAAACAUGGUGGUUGGAAAAUUAUUUUAAAAAAAUACGAAUGUAUAAAAACUAAAUUUGUAAACACACAUUACUAAACUUCUAAGUGAUUAGACUUCAGGUAAACUAAUGGUCUAUGUUUACCAUACACAUUUCUAACCAGUCCAAUCAACAUGUAUGUAUCUUAUUAGACUACUCUCUACUUACCUAUUUAACUUUGAACACAAUAUGAUAACUCUGGCUUAAUGCGGAUAACUUAAAUUACGUUUUAUCUAUGUAUCAACAUGUAUCUUUCACCUGAAA